CUCAAACAUCUUAAAGUGUUCCAUUGAGUUGUGGCCAUGGGAAAUGCCAACAAUUGUUGCGCUUCCAGCACUGGAAAUGAAAAACCUGAGACCACGGUAGCUGACCCUGCACCAGUCCAGGAUCAGAUUGACAAACCGCUUGAGCAGAAACCGGACGAAAAAAUUAAAACGGACCAGGGUCCGCAAGUUGUGCUUCGCUUUGUCCUUCAAAAUGGCACCAGCAAGGACAUCACAUUUACGGAAAGGCCCUUGGGCAUUGAUUUUAGUCGAACGCUUCCACUGACCUGCAAAAGGCUAAAGCCUGGUCUGCAGGGUGAGAAAAAUGAGGUGAAGAUUGGGUGGUGCGUGAGUCACAUCAACGGGACGGUUAUUCAAACCAACUUUGAUGAAACCUUGAGAGACCUUCAAGAUGCAGUCAAUCAGUUGCCAGCUGCCUGAGCUCGGUCGCACCGUCGGUAUCACUGAAGGUGCGCUUCUGAGUGGUCCUGAGCAGUCGCUAGCGCGCCAGUUUUUUUUUCAUAGACAUCACCAUAGGGACCUCAAAGUCUUGGCACAAAGUUGAGCAAUGGUCAGCUGUGUGUUUCCAGGGUCGAGCUCCAACCUCUUCC